AUCGAAUUCAUAUCAUUGAUGCUCUGUCUGUUCUGGAUUCUAAUCAGAGAGAGCUUAGCUACCUGCAACUGCAAUGGGGAUUUGCUUCAGUUCAGCUGCCGUAGAUCACGAUCAUGGCCCUCCCUCCACAACACAAUUCACUUCAGGGGCAAUUUCGCAGACGACGACGACAGUGAGCAGCAACACGACAUCUUCUUCAUCAGGCAGCAGCAGCAGCAUCGAUGUUUCUGGAAACAGCAAAUUCUCGGCGGCGAGUGGGACCGGCGAUCAAAGCCGAGCUCCGGUGGGGCAGAUGUUGCCUCAGCCGAAUUUAAGGGUUUUCUCAUUCUCCGAACUCAAAACCGCCACCAGGAACUUCCGAAGCGACACCGUUUUGGGAGAAGGCGGAUUCGGUAGGGUUUACAAAGGCUGGCUCGACGUCAAAAAUGGAAGUAGUAACAGUGGAACUGUCAUAGCUGUUAAGAAGCUCAAUUCUGAAAGUAUACAGGGGUUUCAAGAAUGGCAGUCUGAGGUUAAUUUUCUUGGGAGGCUUUCACAUCCUAAUCUGGUUAAGCUUUUGGGGUACUGUUGGGAGGAUAAGGAAUUGCUUCUUGUCUAUGAAUUUAUGCAAAAAGGAAGCUUAGAGAAUCAUCUUUUUGGAAGGGGAUCGGCAGUGCAGCCGCUUUCGUGGGAUAUUAGGCUUAAGAUACUGAUUGAUUCGGCUCGCGGUCUCGCGUUCUUGCACGCUUCGGAUAAGAAAGUUAUAUACAGAGACUUCAAGGCUUCGAACAUUUUGCUCGAUGGGUCAUAUAAUGCCAAGAUAUCGGAUUUUGGCCUCGCGAAACUUGGCCCGACAGCUAGUAGAUCGCACGUGACGACGCAGGUCAUGGGCACAUACGGCUAUGCAGCUCCCGAGUAUGUUGCCACAGGCCACUUGUACGUGAAGAGCGACGUGUAUGGUUUUGGCGUGGUUUUGGUGGAAGCGCUGACAGGGCUGCGCGCGCUCGACACAAAUCGCCCCGCCGGGCGACACAAUCUGGUUGAUUGGAUAAAGCCAUUGUUAGCCGACAGGAGGAAGUUGAAGAACAUUAUGGAUUCGCGUCUGCAAGGAAGGUAUCCGUCGAGGUCUGCGCUGCAAAUAGCUCAGCUUGCUCUCAACUGUCUUGAAAAUGAACCUAAGAACAGACCAUCGAUGCAAGAAAUCGUUGAGACAUUGGCGAACAUAGAUUCUGCCAACGAGAGGCCUCGAGAGCCCAGAAGGGCGCAACAUUCCAGCCACCGAGCAGCGGCUGACAGAUCAUCAUGCAGACAGCAGCAACUGCAUCAUCAAUCUCCUCUGCGGCAUCAUCCUCCGAGGAGCCUGCAGCAAGAAAAUCAGGCCUAUCCGUUACCAUCGCUCACGUAAUUCGAUCAUUUUCGUCGAAUGGUUUCUUUCAUCUUGUAAUUCUUUUUACCAUGGUGGCUAUUAGAUGUUCCUGUCGUAGAUUUCAACACAGAAAGUGUUGAAGGAUUUGUUCUUGUAUGUAUGGAUCUAUUAAUACUACUAGCUAGCUAAAUCUGGUUGAGGUAUUUGAUGUUAAUAUCUAUAUUAUUAAUUCAGAAUGGAAAGGUUUUUUUGCAGGCUCA